AUAACGCAUCCAUUGACCUGCAAACAGAUUGGCCGGAGUGCAGGAGGAGGAGCCAAAGAGAGAGAGAGAGGGAUGAACGAAUGAAGGUAGGAGGAUGCAGAGAGAGGGACGGAGCACUAGUUGGGAUGGGAAGAGCUGGGAGAGGAGAUCUCUAAUAAUAGCACUGCAGGGAAGCAAGAUCGUGCAGAGAAAAAAGUGGUACAUGCAGCAAAGCGAAUCAUGCCGACGCAGAGCAAUGAAAGAGUGCGAUGGAGCGAGAGCGGGGAAAGUUGAAAGCACAUGCUCUGCUUUCCUGCACGCACAAUAGGAACAGCGUAAAGGGGGAAAAGACAAAUAGGAAGCACCAGGAGGAAGACGUUCUCAAUGCAAAGGAAUUACGACCUCGAGAAAACCCUCUCAUUAGACAUCUGUGACCUCUGAAGUUCUUGUGUUUUGUGAGCACAGCUGUUUAAGUUAAAGCCUUUCAAAUGGCAACUUUGGACACAUGCAGCUUAAGUUGCAGCAUGUGUGAGUGUGUGUGAAACAUGCCCUCUGCUCGGCCUUCAUCCGAUGAUGCAGAGGUGUGAGAGCCACGAAUCCGAGGUCCAGCGAAGCCCCUCAUUGGACAGCACAGAGUCAGAAUUCACCCGGGCGGCCCGUCGGGGUCACCGCCUGGCCCUGGGGGCCUUCUAUGGCUCCCGGGGGUCAAAUGUCAAAGAUCAAACGGCACAGAGUGACGGUGCCGUUGUCGCCGUCCCGCCUGGAGGGAAGCCUCAGCAUAAGCGCGUGUCUGCCGGUGGGAAGUACGUUGUGUUUUACCUGGACUUGUCAUUUGUGUUGCUCCUAGAGUUUGAGAAGCUGAAGAUGGCUCGUGGAUGCCUGUGCUGUGUCAAAUACAUGAUGUUCCUCUUCAACCUGCUGUUCUGGUUGUCGGGCUGCGGGCUGUUAGGUGUGGGCAUAUGGCUGUCCGUUUCUCAGGGCAGUUUUGCCACCUUCUCCCCCUCCUUCCCCUCCCUAUCAGCCGCCAAUCUGGUCAUUACCUUGGGCUCUGUCGUCAUGGUAACGGGCUUUCUUGGUUGCCUCGGUGCCAUCAAGGAGAACAAGUGCCUGUUGCUGAGUUUCUUCAUUGUUUUGUUGAUUAUUCUGCUGGCAGAGCUGAUUUUGCUCAUCCUUUUCUUCGUGUACACGGACAAGGUGAGCGAGAACGCUAAGCAGGAUCUGAAAGACGGCCUGAGGCUCUACAACACGGACAAUAACAUCGGCCUCCGCAAUGCCUGGAACAUUAUCCAAGCUGAGUGGCAGUGUUGUGGCGUUACUGGGCACACAGACUGGCAUGAUGCCCUGCAGGAGAAAACAGUUCCAGACAGAUGCUGCCAGGAACACUAUAGAGAGUGCGGUCGCAAUGUCACUAACGUCUUCUGGUCACAGGGUUGCUAUGAGAAGGUUGAGGAAUGGCUGAACGACAACAAACAUUUGCUCGGAACCAUCGCGAUGUGUGUGCUGGUCUUGCAGCUGCUCGGGAUGGCAUUCUCCAUGACCUUGUACCAGCAAAUCCACAGGGCGGGAAAGAAGUAUGAUGCCUAUUAA